UGGAGAUGAAACCCAAGAGAAAACCGUUGGGGCAUAACCCUCUUAGCAACGUGCCAUAUCGGAACCCGGAUAUGGUGUUAAGUGAACAAGGGCCGGGUCGUCACCCUCGUGGCGCACCGUGUCUUGAUCUGGAUACGGUGUCAAGUGAGCAAGGAUCGGGUCGUUGCUUCCUCAGUGGCGCGCUACAUCGGCGCCCGGGUGUAGUGAAAAGUGAGCAAGGGUCUUCGCAUCUGACUCGGCGGGUGCGAAGGGCAAGGAAGCUAGUCGAGCCAACUAGGAUUCGUCUAGUUAGUUGGAACGUAGGGUCCCUUACGGGUAGGUUAAGAGAGUUAGUUGAUUCAGCGAUUAGGAGGUGUGUAAAUAUUAUAUGCGUUCAGGAGACUAAAUGGAAGGGCCAGAAUGCGAAGGAGUUAGAGGAUACUGGCUUCAAGCAUUGGUACACAGGAACGACUGCAAAUAGGAAUGGAGUGGGAGUUUUGAUUGAUAAGAGCCUCAAGGAUGAUGUGGUGGAUGUCAGAAGGCGAGGAGAUAGGAUCAUCUUAGUCAAGCUCGUUGUUGGUGACUUAGUCCUGAACGUUAUUAGUGCUUAUGCCCCCCAAGUAGGACACGAUGAGAGUGCUAAGAGACAGUUCUUGGAUGACUUAGAUGACAUAGUUAGAGCUGUACCUAUUAGGGAGGAGCUUUUUAUAGGAGGAGAUCUUAAUGGUCAUGUAGGAACCAUAAACACAGGGUUCGAGACGGCACAUGAGGGUUUUGGUUUUGGUAGCAGAAAUCCGGAUGGGGAGGAAGUCUUAGACUUUGCUGUAGCUUUUGACCUAAUGUUAGCCAACACUUUCUUUCAAAAGAGAGAGUCCCACUUAGUGACCUUCAGUAGUGGCCAACACAAUAGUCAGAUCAACUUUAUCCUCACAAGAAAAGAGGAUAAACGAGCAUGCUUCGAUUGUAAGGUGGUACCCGGAGAGUGUGUAGUUUCCCAACAUAAGCUGCUGGUGGCCGACUUUCGUUUUCAGAUGCGUGCCCGUAGGUCUAAACAAGCCAAGAUCACAAGAACGAAGUGGUGGAAGCUAAAAAGGGAGAUGGCCGAGGUAUUCAAGGGAAGAGUUAUUGUGGAGGGCUCUUGGAAUGAAGAGGGUGACGCAAACUACAUGUGGGAGAAGAUGGCGACCUGCAUUCGGAAGGUAGCUUCGGAAGUUUUUGGGAUGACCAGAGGGGGUGGGUGCAAAACUAAAGACACGUGGUGGUGGAACGAGGACGUCCAGAGGGCUAUUAAGGAGAAGAAAGAGUGUUAUAAGCGUUUGUUUCUUGAUAGGAGUGCAGAUAAUAUAGAGAAGCAAAGAGAGAAACUAGGAGUCAUCCAAGGUUCUGAUAUUCCGGUGGUAGAGAUGAGCACGGGUGUUGAGACGGCCAUGGAAGAGGAGCCACGCAAAGAACUUAAUCUUGGUUGGCAGUUUGAUAUCCCAAAUCUGCGAAACAUCCGCCGGUAUGGUUGGGCCCUGAAGUACCGAGUAAGCUUCACCGGUGGUAAAGGGACUCCUUUUAAGUGUCAUGAGAGUGCGAACAUCAGGCUUGUCCUGGAGAGUGAUCUAUGCAAGACAGUCAGAGAGGAUCAGAAAUUCAUCCUCGGCCGCACGCGUGAGGCGGGGGUGCAGAGAGGAUCGGAGGCCUGA